GCGCUGACCGCUUCGGCACGGCUAGUCUUAGUGAUAAGUGAUAAUAAUACCGCACACCAAUAACCAUAUAUAACCUUAUACGUGUGUUGAAUAUAUGUUGUACUAUUUCACCUUCUUCCAAUUAGUGCCCAAAUUACUUUUAAAAGACUUCGAAUACUGUAGUGUUCAAAGUGAUAAUUGACGAUCCGCAUAUUUUAAAACAACUAUCAGCACAAUUAGAAUAAAAACAACGACAUCAAACCUAAUACAAACAUUUGCAAUAAGGCCUAAUGUGUGAUAUUAAAGUGAUGUGAAAGUAUAAACUUAUGACUCUAGUAUAGUGUGAGUUUGCCUCAAAAUGAGCGGACUCGGCCCUCCAGGAGUGUGGGCCGCGCAGAAACGGCUCGAGUCAUGGGCGCGGGCAGCCAGAGAACGCACCUCCAGCGCUUCAAGCGGUCAAAGUCACAACUCGACCGAUAGCUUUGGUGAUGAAAAGUCCCACAGUAGUCCUAGUGAGAUGCUGAUCUCAAAAGAGCAUUGUCGCGUGCAACCCCUGAGCGAGCGCACCGCCAGUUCCCUACCUCACGCGCGCCUUACCCGAACGCCUUCUAUCUCUUCCCAAAGCAGCCUUGACAGCGGCACCUCGAGGGCUACUAGUCACCGGGGCUCCUCACCAGCAAUUCGAACCUUCGCUCCAGACGGUCGCACUCUCGAGGCUGGCAGCACUGGUGUUCCGCGGUCGCCGUCUCCUCUUCGUGCGGCUUCCCUGGACGUCCGAGCUGCACCUCUAGCCCACGGAUCCUUAGCAUCAUUAGCAGAUUCACCAGCGCCUUCCAGUCCCAGACAUUUACCGCCGAGAUGUCUGUCACCGCUACUCAUGCCACCAAGGAGGAUAGACCGUAGCAACUCCUUAGUAGAAAGCAGCAGCGGACUCGGGCCCCUGAGUCCCGGUGCGGGGGCGGCAAUCAGCGCCCUGGGGGCCCUGCAACCGGACCUGUACACAAAGAGGGAAGCGCCGCUCGUCAUUGAACUUGAAGGUGCCGGACCGUCCCUUGGAAGGAUCCAUCUUCGAUUGAAAUAUGACUUCGACAGAUCUGAUUUAGAAGUUCAUCUUAUUGAGGCACAUGACCUGGCCGGCUACGAGGCCGGUGGGUUCAACGAUCCCUACGUGCGUGUCAGUUUACUACCGGAGGUUGACACCCGCGUCAGACAGACGCCCGUGCACCGGAACGAGGCGAAUCCCUUCUUCGAUCAGCACUUCAAGUUUCCUGUGUCGCACGAUGAGCUCGGCGACAAGACGCUGUUAUUGCAGGUGUUCGAUUAUGAUAGAUUUUCCCGCAAUGAAGUGAUGGGAUCAGCAAAAGUGCCACUCUCGCGUGUAGAAGUGGCAGGCGGAGCGGAGGUAUGGGCUGAACUAUCGCGGGAAAGACGUCCGCCUGAGGAAUUACAAGAGCUGUUGCUAUCUCUUUCGUACUUGCCUUCAGCUGAGCGCCUUACCGUAGUCGUGUUGAAGGCGAGGAAUCUUCUGCCGCCGCAAGAGGGAAAAGAUGCUUUAGAUGUGUAUGUGAAGGUGUAUUUGCUGGUGAAUGGCAAAAGAGUGAAGAAGAAGAAGACGAAUAGGAAAGAGAUAAACAAUCCCGUAUGGAACGAGGCGCUUUCUUUCAGCUUGCCCUCCGGGAAUUUACAAGAGGCUUCUAUCGAGGUAUGCGUAUUGACUGGUGGCAGCGGACUGGUGGUGGGCUGGUGCUGCGUGGGCGCGGCCGAACCCGCCGCUGAAGGCCGCCACUGGGCGCAGAUGGCGCACGAGACACGCAAGGCCGUCGCCAUGUGGCACACGCUCAGAUAGAGUGCCGUCAUCACACACCGUUAACACCCACCUGGCUAGCCGUAUGCUGACGCACGCAGGAGAGAUUGCAUAUAAGAAAUUUUUUUUUCAGUUGAUCGUUUUAGGCGUAUUGAGGGGGAGAGUGGAGGAAGGGACCCGUUCCCACCCCAAAAUUAUCUAGUAUCCACUUUAUAAUUCGAGCGGAGCUUUCAGCUACGCCCUUUCAUAAGAAUAGUCUUUAUCAAAGGACCAGGCCCCCUCUACAAAAUAAUUUUAAAUACAUCAAUGUUCAUCGAAUUCGUAGACCUCAUCGUCCCUGUAUUCGCUCAGGAUAUCAUAUCAUGGUAUUAAAAAAAAGCAAAACAAUUCAUAAAGUCGAUUUUUUUAUAAUACCUAGAAUGGUAAACAUAACCAACAAUAACUGAUGGCCGACCAGAGCGAUUAGUGCGAGUUACAGAUGUCGUUUACCAGGGGAAAGGAUUGUUAGUAAUGCGGACUACCAGUCCCAUUGCUAGCAAUAUACCCUGCCAGGUUGACCUCCACAUAACCCCACCUGGAAAGCAUCGUGCUGAAUUCCAGAGGUAUUCAUCACAUUGGGUUAACCGACCUGCAUUUUCAUUCUCACCUACCAUCGCUCACUGGUGCCCCGCCAGCAUAUACCGUUAGUGCAGGCGGGGUUACCAUUCCAUUAUCAGCCAUUAAAAACAUAAUAUAAAAAAAUUAUUUACCAGAGAGACUUUGUACAAAAGUCGUUUGCUUGGUACUUCUGUUCCACUUGUAUUUUUUUCUGCCGUUAAUCAACUGUACUUGCAUAGCUGUUUCGGUUUGAAAGGCUAUGGCAGUGAACUUUCAGGGUAUGGAGGCAUAACACCAUAGUUCACAAGAAUAAUAAUGCAUAUGGGUUUUUUUUUCAAUGGAUGAAAAUGAAAUUGUAAACCCGUCCGCGCUAGACAGAUGAGGAUGAAGCAGGUCAAUUAGCCCGUCGUAACGAAUUCAUCUUAAAUUAACCACGAUGGUUUCCAGGGGGAACCGUGUGGAGGUCCUUAAAAGGUAGACCAAGGAAUUUAUGGUAUAUUGUUAGUAAUGGGCCUGUUAGAUAUCAUUACUGACAAUCCCUUCCCCUCCUCGCAUAAGGGAUACCAUGAAUAUCAUAGUUUAUUGUGAUAACCGUGGUGCUGCUCUUGUCUAUAGCCGAUGGUUACCACUAUUUAUCAAUGGACCGUCAGCUUGUUUGCCAUUUUAAGUCUCAUAAAAAAAGUUCAGUUUUCAAAAUAUGAAAUUUUCUAUGCAACCUCAUCAACCGUUUAGACCCCAGACCGUUCAUCGUGGAUGAAGCAUAACAUUGAUAGAUCUGUGUAUACUGCAACGCAGAUAAAUGAAACACCAAACGUAUGUCAGUACUGAGAGUUUAUUUAGGUAAUAAAUAUGCAACCAGUCAAACACUGAUUUGUUAUUUUCAAUUGUCUGACACCUAGUCAUUUACCUUCCUUACGUAACACCAUACAUUCAGCACACAUAUAUAUCUCUUGUGUCAACUGCCAUACUCCCCACUGUACUAUAUUGCAGUUCACUGCUGCGUCUCAGCAUACGCCUAGCCUUAAUCUACUAACACCUCGGUAGAUUAGUAUAAAUUGUCAUACACACAUAUGGAUUCUAAUCUGACAACUUCGUGCACAAUACUCUUAUAGCGUGACAACGUAUGGAUAACGGUAUUGUAAUGUAAGAAGGUAUAUUAUAUUGUCUAUCGGGCGCAUUAUUUAUGGAUGGACGUCUUGCAAACUCUGAGAAAAUUUAGCACAAGAUGUUGACUAACUAUCCAAGGUGAAAUCGAAACGACUAAAAUGCUCGUAAGCCAAUCCUGUUGUUCUUACAUUAAAAUAUAAUGUGUACUUGUGCAACUUUUAACACUAAAUGUUUAUUUUUGGUAUAACUUGGCAACAUUUAAAAACUAAACUGACGAGGUGUUAAGUCAGAUUACUAGAUAUAAGGCAAACUAAAUUACAUCUAAGCCUUAUGCCUAAAGGCAAUUAUGCAAUAGCUUAUCUAUAAUCUAUUAUAACUAUUAUCCAGUCUUAACUGUGGGCUCGCUGUACAUAAUAUACUAAUAUCUUCUUUCUUCCAAACUAUCAUUUCAUACAGCCUUUUUGGCUAUUUAUAAGUAUUGUACAAUAAAUAUACUAACUCUAUUAAUCACUCAUAUAUGUACAUGUACUUAUCUUUAAUAGAUUAAUGGCUCCUAUGCUAUGUAAAUUAUAUUCAACAGUAGUUUUAAAUUCAAAAACCUAAAAGACCCCGAGUAUUUUUAUCAUAUUUAUAAUAUUACAAAGAAUAUAUAAUAUUUUAUAUUUAUUAUAUUAAAAGUCAAAUCAAACAAAUAUGGCAAUACAUUUGAGAUUUUUAUGUGUGAAAUCCUAGAAAUAAUCUAAUGAGCUUGUGGAACACCAAACAAAUCUUAUGAAUUUGUAGAGUUUUAUACGAGUAUAUUAAUUUUGUAAUAUUAAUUUUAAUGAUCCUUGUCCAGUUAGUAUUAUUGGAACAUGGAUGGAAAAAGGAUGCCGCGCCCCAUUAGUAGGUAGUUAGGUGAAGUGCUGACCAAACUAAACAUAAGUCCUAAACCUAAAUGCCUCAGUCGGAAUCCGUCGAGUAAAGCCGAAUCUGUUUUCAUACCCAAGGCUGGCCUUAAUGUACAUGGCGUCCCUGGGUAAGUUUUAGAUGUCGUCCCCACACUCCCGAUGACGAAAUCUUAAAAAGAAAAUUAUUAUUCAUUUGAAUGUCGUCCACAUUGGGUCCAAUAUCUAUAGGUACGUUGGGUUUCUAAAAAAAGGUAACCACUAAUUUUUCGCCCAUUUCAAGUCCACCGAGUUUGAUAUCUAUUAUUAAGUUCCUGUAAAAAAAGUUUAUCGUCCAUUUUGAUGUCCCUACGUCGAGUCCAAUGUCUAUAGAUACACUGGGUAGGCCUUUAACAACCUCAGUGCCACUGGGCGCCUCCCGACUAGCCUUUGAAACCUUUACGUACUCGUAUUGUUAAUACCCUCUGCUUCUUGACCUAUGUCCAAUUUUUGCCUGUUUAUUUAACGGCCUAGUAUAUUAAUUGUUACAUAAAUGGAACACACUAGCAACCGGGGUAUUAUGUUGUAAGUAUUCAUGGAUGACUAGCAGCUUCCAUCAGAUGGGCCGUUGGUUCCUUUGUCUCCCUAACAAUAAAAAGUUUUGUACAGCAAUUACCCUGUUGUGAGUUUUUUUUUUUAUACCUACCAACAAGAGUGACACUUGAUAAAAAGCAAUAUCAUCUACAGAAGGAUAGGAGAGAAUGCUACAUAUAGCAUUAAGUCCGCCUUUUAUACCAUUUUCUUUUUUUAUAAUAUAGUCAAUAAAGAAUAAAUACUAUGUACAGAAAUGAAAAUCACAAUAUAUAUUAUACGGACGCCCAGCCAUAGCACCCCUUAUACGUUGCCACACCUAAUAAUUAUAAAUUAGUACCAGACAGUACCAUCGUUUCUCAACCUAGACGGCUUUUAACGACACAAAGGAAUGGGAGGGUAACAAUGUUAGUAGCAAGAACUACCAGUCACAUUACUACGAAUAUACCCUAUCAAUACCUCCAGGUAAUAAUGAACAAAAGUAAUCGAAAAUAAAAUAAAUAAAUACAAAAAAAAAGGAAUAAAUAUCUGUGUGAUGAUCGCGAUCGUUUUUUUUUUUAUUUAAAAGUAUAAUAUUUUCAAUACGUAGCUUAUCAUUGCUGACGCAUAUAGGUAAUUAAAUUAUCCGUUCGUGAUUAUAUAAGGUCAAAUAUUUGUAAAUAGCAAUGACGCAUCGUAACAAAUGUUUAAUGGGUCACACUUAUAGGGUUCGGGUCGAGAAAUGAUGCUGCCACAGUCAUAUGGAUCUAUUUGUAGAUUAAUAUAUGUGAUGGACAAGACAGCAUCAUACGUCGUCUUACUCUGUCUCAUACGGUAUCGUGAAGGUGCCUGCAAAUAUGUAGAUUCAAUUUACUCUUGUCUAGGGAGUACCACAGCUGUGUAAAUUGGUCGCGGAUUCCUUUUUUCCUCGUCCGUGUAUAAUUAUGUAAUAUGAAUGCGCUCACACUACGCCCACAGUUAUUCUGUCACUAAAUACUAGUAGUAAUCAUUGGAUGGUGUGAUCUCCCUUCUGUUCAGGGGUUUUAUGAAUAAAUUAUAUCGAAUUUUAUUCCAAAAUAUACGUACAUAUUUUUAUCUAAGUGUAUGUAUCUGUGUGGAGGAAAGUAUUUUACUUUGUAUUUUCUUUACAAUAUCUAAAUAAAAUGUCUAUUUGUAA